CCCCGGUGCUGAAGCAAGAUGGCCGGCGGCGGAGGCCGGGCCCCGGCGUGAGCCGAGCGCGGGCGGCGGCCCCGCCAUGCACCAGCCCCGCGGCUGCUGAGCCCGGCCCGACGGAGCCGGCCCGCCCGCCGGCGGCCCCGCAGACAUGUCGCUACUUUGCGUCGGAGUCAAAAAAGCCAAGUUUGAUGGUGCCCAAGAGAAAUUCAACACAUACGUGACCCUGAAGGUGCAGAAUGUCAAGAGCACGACCAUCGCUGUGCGGGGGAGCCAGCCCAGCUGGGAGCAGGAUUUCAUGUUCGAGAUCAACCGCCUCGACUUAGGGCUCACGGUGGAGGUGUGGAACAAGGGCCUCAUCUGGGACACGAUGGUGGGCACCGUGUGGAUCCCCCUGCAGAGCAUCCGCCAGUCCAACGAAGACGGCCCUGGAGAGUGGCUGACCCUGGACUCCCAGGUCAUCAUGGCAGACAGUGAGAUCUGUGGCACCAAGGACCCCACCUUCCACCGCAUCCUCCUUGACACCCGCUUCGAGCUGCCCUUAGAUAUUCCUGAGGAGGAGGCUCGCUACUGGGCCAAGAAGCUGGAGCAGCUGAACGCCAUGCGGGACCAGGAUGAGUAUUCAUUCCAAGAUGAGCCAGACAAGCCUCUCCCCGUCCCCAGCAACCAGUGUUGCAACUGGAAUUAUUUUGGCUGGGGUGAGCAGCAGAAUGAUGACCCUGACAGUGCGGUGGACGAUCGUGACAGUGACUAUCGCAGCGAGACCAGCAGCAGCAUCCCGCCCCCUUAUUACACCACAUCCCAGCCCAAUGCUUCGGUCCACCAGUAUUCUGUUCGCCCGCCGCCCCUGGGCUCCCGGGAAUCCUACAGUGACUCCAUGCACAGUUAUGAGGAGCUCUCUGAGCCUCGGGCCCUCAGCCCCACAGGCAGCAGCCGCUACGCCUCCUCGGGGGAGCUGAGCCAGGGCAGCUCACAGCUGAGCGAGGACUUCGACCCGGAUGAGCAGAGCCUGCAGGGGUCCGAGAUCGAAGAUGAGCGGGACCGGGACUCCUACCACUCCUGCCACAGCUCAGUCAGCUACCACAAGGACUCGCCGCGCUGGGACCAGGACGAGGAUGAGCUGGACGAGGAGCUGGACGAGGAGCUGGACGAGGACCUGGAGGACUUCCUGGAGGAAGAGGAGGAGGAGGAAGAGGAGGAGGAGGAGGAGCUGCCUGAGGAUGAGGAGGAGCUGGAAGAGGAAGAAGAGGUGCCUGAUGACAUCCGCGGUUACACUGAGCGCCAGGAGGCCGCAGUGGCGGAGCCCAAGGACUUCAAGCGCGUCAGUGUCCCGCCGGCCGCCCCCGAGAAGGAGGACAAGGCUCCCGCUGAGGCCCCCGCCGUGGCCAAGGUGGCCCCUGAGCCAGCCGUGCCUGAGGAGGUGCCCGCAGCUGAGCGGGAGCCCGAGGACAAGGCCCCCAAAGCUGAGGAGAGUUUCAGGCCCAAAGAAGAUGAGGAAGGCCAGGAAGGUCAGGAUUCCAUGUCCAGGGCCAAGGCCAACUGGCUGCGAGCCUUCAACAAAGUGCGGCUGCAGCUGCAGGAGGCCCGGGGAGAAGGAGAGAUGUCCAAAUCCCUGUGGUUCAAAGGCGGCCCCGGAGGGGGUCUCAUCAUCAUCGACAGCAUGCCUGACAUCCGCAAGAGGAAGCCCAUCCCCCUCGUGAGUGACCUGGCCAUGUCCCUGGUCCAGUCCAGAAAAGCGGGCAUCACCUCAGCCUUGGCCUCCAGCACUUUGAACAACGAGGAGCUGAAAAACCACGUUUACAAGAAGACCCUGCAAGCCUUAAUCUACCCCAUUUCGUGCACUACGCCGCACAACUUCGAGGUGUGGACGGCCACCACGCCCACCUACUGCUACGAGUGCGAAGGGCUGCUGUGGGGCAUCGCGCGGCAGGGCAUGCGCUGCACCGAGUGCGGCGUCAAGUGCCACGAGAAGUGCCAGGACCUGCUCAACGCCGACUGCCUGCAGCGGGCGGCGGAGAAGAGCUCCAAGCACGGCGCCGAGGACCGGACGCAGAACAUCAUCAUGGUGCUCAAGGACCGCAUGAAGAUCCGGGAGCGCAACAAGCCCGAGAUCUUCGAGCUCAUCCAGGAGAUCUUCGCUGUGACCAAGGCCGCACACACGCAGCAGAUGAAGGCGGUCAAGCAGAGCGUGCUGGACGGCACGUCCAAGUGGUCGGCCAAGAUCAGCAUCACUGUGGUCUGUGCCCAGGGCUUGCAGGCAAAGGACAAGACGGGAUCUAGUGACCCCUAUGUCACCGUCCAGGUCGGGAAGACCAAGAAACGGACGAAGACCAUCUACGGGAACCUGAACCCUGUGUGGGAGGAGAACUUCCAUUUUGAAUGUCACAACUCCUCAGAUAGAAUCAAGGUACGUGUCUGGGACGAAGAUGAUGACAUCAAAUCCCGCGUGAAACAGCGGUUCAAGAGAGAGUCUGAUGACUUCCUGGGGCAGACAAUCAUCGAGGUGCGGACGCUCAGUGGCGAGAUGGACGUGUGGUACAACCUGGACAAGAGGACUGACAAAUCUGCUGUGUCAGGUGCCAUCCGGCUACACAUCAGUGUGGAGAUCAAAGGGGAGGAGAAGGUGGCCCCCUACCAUGUUCAGUAUACUUGUCUGCAUGAGAACCUGUUCCACUUUGUAACUGACAUGCAGAACAACGGGGUGGUGAAGAUCCCGGAUGCCAAGGGUGACGAUGCCUGGAAGGUUUACUAUGAUGAGACAGCUCAGGAGAUUGUGGAUGAAUUUGCCAUGCGCUAUGGCGUCGAGUCCAUCUACCAAGCCAUGACCCACUUUGCCUGCCUCUCCUCCAAGUACAUGUGUCCCGGGGUGCCUGCUGUCAUGAGCACCCUGCUCGCCAACAUCAAUGCCUACUAUGCGCAUACCACCGCCUCCACCAACGUGUCUGCCUCUGACCGCUUCGCAGCCUCCAACUUCGGGAAAGAGCGCUUUGUGAAGCUCCUGGACCAACUGCAUAAUUCCCUGCGAAUUGACCUCUCCAUGUACCGGAAUAACUUCCCAGCCAGCAGCCCAGAGAGACUUCAGGACCUCAAAUCCACUGUGGACCUUCUCACCAGCAUCACUUUCUUUCGGAUGAAGGUGCAAGAACUCCAGAGCCCGCCCCGAGCCAGCCAGGUUGUGAAGGACUGUGUGAAAGCCUGCCUCAACUCCACUUAUGAGUACAUCUUCAAUAACUGUCAUGAACUCUACAGCCGGGAGUACCAGACAGACCCUGCCAAGAAAGGGGAAGUUCCCCCAGAGGAACAGGGCCCCAGCAUCAAGAACCUCGACUUCUGGUCCAAGCUGAUCACUCUCAUAGUGUCCAUCAUCGAAGAAGACAAGAAUUCCUACACUCCCUGCCUCAACCAGUUUCCCCAGGAGCUGAAUGUGGGUAAAAUCAGUGCUGAAGUGAUGUGGAACCUGUUUGCCCAGGACAUGAAGUAUGCCAUGGAGGAGCAUGACAAGCAUCGCUUGUGCAAGAGCGCCGACUACAUGAACCUCCACUUCAAGGUCAAGUGGCUCUACAAUGAGUAUGUGACAGAGCUUCCUGCUUUUAAGGACCGAGUGCCAGAGUACCCCGCGUGGUUUGAGCCCUUCGUCAUCCAGUGGCUGGAUGAGAAUGAGGAGGUGUCCCGAGAUUUCCUACAUGGAGCCCUGGAGCGAGAUAAGAAGGAUGGGUUCCAGCAGACCUCAGAGCAUGCCCUGUUCUCCUGCUCCGUGGUGGAUGUCUUCUCCCAGCUUAACCAGAGCUUUGAGAUCAUCAAAAAGCUCGAGUGCCCUGACCCCCAGAUCGUGGGGCACUACAUGAGGCGCUUUGCCAAGACCAUCAGUAAUGUGCUCCUCCAGUAUGCGGACAUCAUCAUCAAGGACUUCGCCUCCUACUGCUCCAAGGAGAAGGAGAAAGUGCCCUGCAUCCUCAUGAACAACACUCAGCAGCUGCGAGUUCAGCUAGAGAAGAUGUUUGAAGCCAUGGGAGGCAAAGAGCUGGACGCGGAGGCCAGCGACAUCUUGAAAGAGCUCCAGGUGAAACUCAACAACGUCUUGGAUGAGCUCAGCCGGGUGUUUGCUACCAGCUUCCAGCCUCACAUUGAGGAGUGUGUCAAACAGAUGGGCGACAUCCUUAGCCAGGUGAAGGGCACGGGCAACGUGCCAGCCAGUGCCUGCAGCAGCGUGGCCCAAGAUGCUGACAACGUGCUGCAGCCCAUCAUGGACCUGUUGGACAGCAACCUGACUCUUUUUGCCAAAAUCUGCGAGAAGACGGUGCUGAAGAGGGUACUGAAGGAGCUGUGGAAGCUGGUGAUGAACACCAUGGAGAAGACCAUUGUCCUGCCACCCCUCACUGACCAGACGAUGAUCGGCACCCUCUUGAGAAAACAUGGCAAGGGAUUAGAAAAGGGCAGGGUGAAACUGCCAAGCCACUCAGAUGGAACCCAGAUGAUCUUCAAUGCGGCCAAGGAGCUGGGUCAACUGUCUAAACUCAAGGACCACAUGGUACGAGAGGAAGCCAAGAGCUUGACCCCAAAACAGUGUGCAGUUGUUGAGCUGGCCCUGGACACCAUCAAGCAAUACUUCCACGCCGGCGGCGUGGGCCUCAAGAAGACCUUCCUGGAGAAGAGCCCGGACCUGCAGUCCCUGCGCUAUGCCCUGUCCCUCUACACGCAGGCCACCGACCUGCUCAUUAAGACCUUCGUGCAGACGCAGGCCGCCCAGGUCCAUGGUGGAAAAGGGACUAGGUUUACCCUUAGUGAAGACAUUUAUCCUGAGAAGGGCUCCAACGUGGAAGACCCUGUGGGCGAGGUCUCCGUCCACGUGGAGCUCUUCACUCACCCGGGAACCGGCGAACACAAGGUCACAGUGAAAGUGGUGGCUGCCAAUGACCUCAAGUGGCAGACUUCUGGCAUUUUCCGGCCGUUCAUUGAAGUCAACAUCAUUGGGCCCCAUCUCAGCGACAAGAAACGCAAGUUUGCAACCAAAUCCAAGAACAACAGCUGGGCCCCCAAGUACAAUGAGAGCUUCCAGUUCACGCUGAGCGCGGAAGCGGGCCCGGAGUGCUACGAGCUGCAGGUGUGCGUCAAAGACUACUGCUUUGCGCGCGAGGACCGCACCGUGGGGCUGGCCGUGCUGCAGCUGCGUGAGCUGGCCCAGCGCGGGAGCGCCGCCUGCUGGCUGCCCCUCGGCCGCCGCAUCCACAUGGACGACACGGGCCUCACGGUGCUGCGCAUCCUGUCGCAACGCAGCAACGACGAGGUAGCCAAGGAGUUCGUCAAGCUCAAGUCGGACACGCGCUCCGCCGAGGAGGGCGGUGCCACGCCCGCAUCCUAGGCGGGACGCGCGGGCGCGCGGCGUUGCGCGGGCGCAAAGGGGCGGGGCGGCGCCUGCGCGCUGGGACCUCCCUGAGGGCGUGUCUGCGGGCUUGGCUCCGAGGACCGUGUGCGCUUGCGCCCUCGACUUAGCUUCCCACCGAGGAAUUCGGAAUGGACGGUGCCCCGCCCCCUCGGGAGGCCACGCCCCAGGGCGCGGGUAGGGCGGGGGGGAGAGGAGGAAAAAGCCACAUUCCCUCCCUGCGGCCACGCCUGCAGCGCCUCCGGGGCCUUCGGAGCUGGGAUGGGAGACCCCCGUCCCUAACUGAGGAGGCCUGGUCCCCGGGCUCUGGUCCCCUGUCUCCUGUCCCAAGGAAAAGCCAUAAGACGGGUCCCCAACCCCUGGGCCCAAGACCAAUUGCCAAGUAUGGAACUUUCGGUCCCUCGAGGGGCGGGCCCGAGGCAAGGGGCAGGGCUUCCCGGAGCACCCCCUGGUGGUCUGGGGGCUGGAGGGACUAGGAUGGUAGUUGGAGGGCCUUGGUGGACCCCAGUCCCUUUUUAUGUUUGUGCAAAA